AAGUCUCCUAAAGAGAAUGGGAGCUUUAAUAAAGGCAAAGGGUGGACACAUUAAAUACUGAAAAAAAUAUAUUUAGUUGUUGAGACUUCUGAGUUUGAGUUUUCUGCUUUAUUCUGACCACGAAAAAGUGAUUAACUUGUCAUAAUGGCACUUUAAACUGGAAAUUAAAUAAACAAAAAGAUGAUCUCUGACUUCUGCACAGCACUUUAUACAUUUUUAUGUUGUAGGGAUUUAACAUAAUUUUACUUUUCUUUACAGAAGUAGUGCUCAGAUUGUGUUGUGAUGCUGGCAGAAGUGCAAUGUUUGGUCAGUACUUAAGAGUGUAUGUCCUGUAAGUGUAUGUAAAUAUGUUGGCAUUGGAUUGAUGUCUGUGGCAGGGGUAAAAUGUAGGGCUGGAGUGUAGGGCUCUGGUUAAGCUCAGUCCAGCCUCCAGUCAAUUAAAGCCUUCCUGUCCUCUGCUUCCCCUCUGUGUCAAAGACCAUUACCUCACUGAUCUUCCUUAGCCAUAGAGCAAAGCAAGACCACUCCUUGUAGGUGCAAAUUUCUAAGGUUAUUUAUUGGAACAGUUCAGUGAAUUUUGCUCUGCUGAUAUAGCUGUAGAUGUUUUAAUUAAUACUUUAAAGUCAGUUUCCCAUGUGCUAGUAAAUCACUGAGCCAUUUGAAGAACAUUUCUUUCUUGAGAAUGUACACUUUAUACUGAUCUCUACAAGGUGGAUGAGUGUGGGUGGUUCAGGUUUUAUUGUGUUCAGCUGGAGGAUGUAAAUUAAAUGUGAUUAUUAAAAUGCAGUGUCUCUCUUUCUCUCUCCGUUUUCUUCAUGCUGAUGAAUUGGCAACUGCAGUGGACGGCAUUAAUAGUGUUCUCCCUGCUACAGGACUUAAGUGGCCCUCUCCUUAAUUGCUGUGUCAUUAAUUCUAAGGCAAGGAAAAGGCCAGCAAGUUCUCUGCUGCGCUGGUCGAUAUGGCCUGCUUAAAGGACAGCUGAGGAAGGGAACAGGAGAAGCUGAAUUCCUCAUUCAUUCCUGAAGUCCCAUUCCAAUAAUGUUACUACUAUUUGUAAUAAAUAAUAUUUUUUAGACCUUAAAGGGUGCUAUUUCAAGUGGUAGUGUUAUUUUUACUUUCUAUAAUGUUGCAUGUGGUUGUUCAAGAAUUUUAGUAAUUCUAUUCCUGUGUUAUCACAGACACAAGGUCAUAUUUUACUCCAACAUGCGCAUGUGACAUGUCAACAUGACCACUGAGAGGUGUGUACAUGCCAUAUAUGUGUAAGCCAGUAGUAAAGCAUGCAUAUGAAUGAUGCAAUGACGCAUUGACACCUCAAUGUCAGUCUGUGUUGUUUUGUUUUCUCUCUCCUUUUGCGGCAGGGGAAAACAAAGGCAGUGCCAGUAGUAAGAAGCUAAUAUUGACUACAAAGAGCAGCUGACCCCUAUAUAUUUAGCAUAGGGCCAAUGCAAGGGAGCAAUUUAACCGUGGCAUGGGCUGGCAUUCCGUUCUGUAGGAGGCGUGGGGAUACUGAGAGAGGCAGGGAGGGGAGUGGGUGUGAGACAGAAAGAGAAGGGGGAGUGUUGUGGUGUGAAGCCUCAGUUUGCUAGCCAGAGCGGUUGGAGGUAUAGAGUGUACUGCAGCCAACAGCAUGUUCCUUCUUACAUUUGGACUUUACUUACCUCUCCUCCUUCAUCAUGCCUCAUCAUACUCCUUCAUCGACAACAUCUUCACCUUUCCAGCAGAUCUGGAGGCGCUGGAACCAAGGAAGAAAUUCGACCCAUGCUGUUUACUGGCUCCACCUCCGCCCCCCUUGUUUCCCCCACCCCCCUCACUGUGGCGCAGGCCUCCGAAUGAUGAUGGUAGUACAUGGGUAAAAAAGAACACAGAUGAAGAGGAUCAUAAGUUGCCCUGCUCUGUGGGACCGCCUGGACCAGCCGGCCCUGCAGGUCCUCAGGGCCCUCCUGGAUUACCAGGACCAAAUGGACCAAAAGGUGAAAAGGGAGAAAUUGGGAGACCAGGACAAAAGGGACGCACUGGUCCUCCUGGUCUCCCAGGGCGACAGGGACCAAGUGGAUGGCCUGGACCAAGUGGGCCCAAGGGGGAGAAAGGUGACCCUGGACUGAUGGGCAUGCCUGGAGCAAGAGGACCAGUAGGACCCAAGGGAUUGCCUGGAUAUAAAGGAGAAAAGGGUUCAAGAGGAGACAGAGGUGAAGCCGGCCAGAAGGGUGAGAAGGGCACAAUGGGUCUGCCAGGAAUGCUUGGCCAGAAGGGUGAAAUGGGGCCAAAAGGAGAGCCUGGAAUCGCAGGAAACAGAGGGCCCACUGGCCGACCAGGAAAGAGAGGCAAACAGGGGUCAAAGGGAGAUACUGGUUUCAUUGGACCAAUGGGACCUGCAGGCCCUCAGGGACCUCCUGGUCAUCCGGGUCCUCCUGGUUUGCCUGCCUCAGGGCUGUACAUGGUGGGGCCAAAAGGGGAGAAGGGACAGCCAGGCAUUCCAGGCCGUUGUAGCUGCAGCUCCCCCAUGAAUGUCAACAGCCCUCCUUAUGACAAGCACUCGUUCAGAAGCAGCUACCCCAAAGUGCCAGCGAUUUUUGUGGUGAAUAAUGAACAGGAGCUGGACCGUCUGCACACGGAUAAUGCACUGGCUUUCCGCAAAGACCAGAGAGCACUUUAUUUCAAGGACAUUGAUGGGUGGCUGCCAAUUCAGCUGACACCAUUCCAGUCAAUGGAGCAUGCUCCAGACAUGGAUGGUUUCUGCGGGGACGGCAUUGUGCAGGUUGAGAACGGAGAGGAGUGUGAUGAUGGAAACAAAGUGGUCACAGACGGAUGCGUCAAGUGUAGACAUGCGUACUGUGGAGAUGGCUAUCGCUAUGAGGGAGCUGAGGAGUGUGAUGGAAAAGAUUUUGGAUAUCAGACCUGCAAAUCUUAUCUGCCUGGAACAUACGGACGUCUUAAGUGCACAUCCGACUGCUUCAUCGACUCUACAAACUGCAAGUAUUUUACAUGAGAAAAGAGGAAAACAACAGUAGAGCCCACAGUCUCGUUUGAGCGUCAGGGAACAAGAUCCAGGUAACCCAAGACACUGCAAACAACGAGAAUCCAAGGGCGUGAUGAGAAUACAUUUGAUGGGGAAAUUAAUAAGAAUAUGUAUAUUAUGCUCCUUUGUUGAAAAGCUGCUGAGAAGCCACAUAGCUCACUGGGAAAAGAGCAGUCUGCUCAGUUAUGGCAAACGCACAGGACCCUUCGCUCUCUGUCUUAAAAACUCAACCAGGAUUUCAGACGCCGUUCUCCGAUCAGCCUCCUCUCUUUGGUGCUGGGCACCUGGCUCAACAUUCUGCUUAGAUGGUUUGCCACGCUAAGAGGAACAUGGAGAGCCUGCUGUCUUGAAAAGACCAGCCCAGGCCAGACCCUUCAAUACCUCAAUGUAGAACUUUUCCACAAGAAGGCCAUCUUCUCUGUGGUCCAACCCCACUGUCCUUUGCCCAGGGUGCUGUGUAUCUGGACUGCAAUGUGAACAAUUUACUGUAGAAAUUUUGCAUGGGGCUGAAAAUGGUGUAGCUAUGGCAACAGGCUACUUAUGGUAUGUAUCCAAGGCAAAAAAA